AUGGCUACAACCACCAAUUACGCGACUACAAAAACUUCCACCAGACAAAUUUUACCACUUGCUUAUUCUCAACCACGCCCAAAUAUUUAUGCAACUCCUAACCAUAACGUUAAUACAUCGUAUACCUCACGUAGUUCAACGCGACAUGGUUAUGAUCCUAAGAUUGUUGCUUCUACAGCUAAUCCAUAUUAUUCUAACCAACAAAAUAUUCCAUAUCAAAAUAGCACAAAUGCUCACUAUACAACUAAUAGUGCAACUGCACCAUUAUCAACACAAUUAACUACUUUAGCUGCGCCACAGUUCAGAAAAUCUAAAAAUGCUUAUUGUUCAACAUAUUUUAGUCGUUUAAAAGAAGGUGAUACUGCUUUGUUGGUUCCGAUACAAACAAGAGGUGGUAAAAAACGACAAAGAGGUGUGAAUGGUGUUGGUGCAGGAGGUACGGGUAUUGGUGGUACUGGAGGUGGAUUGUCAUCAUCAUUAGCUGUUGGCAAUGGUUCAAAUGGUAAUGGCGAUGUUCCUGUCUCUAAAAGAAUUAGGAGCAGAACUAAACAUAUUUACAAUUCACAAAAAGAAGUAGAACGUAACGCUGAUCAAAGAGAUGUUUUGAUACCUAUAAGAUUAGAUGUUGAUCUUGAUAAUUAUAGAUUGCGUGAUUCUUUUACUUGGAAUCUUAAUGAAAAAUUGAUUACACCUGAACAUUUUGCUGGGAUAAUGUGUGACGACCUAGAUCUUCCAGUACAUGAAUUUGUUCCAAUAAUUGCUGAAUCUAUACGCACACAAAUACAAGAACAUGAACCAUUUGCUGAGAACGUUGUAACUACUGAAGAUUCUAGAGUUGAAAUUAAUCUUGAUAUACAUGUAGGAAAAAUACAUCUUCGUGAUAAAUUUGAAUGGGAUCUUAGUUCGAAUCUUACCCCAGAAGAAUUUAGUAGAAUGUUAGCAGCCGAUCUUGGAAUAGGCGGAGAAUUUGUUACCAUAAUUGCACAUAGUAUUCACGAACAACUAUUAAAACACAAAAAGGAUAUACGAUUUUUUGAUUCUGAUAAUGAACAAGAACGUAUAACUUCGGCUUUUCGUAGUAUCGAAGAUUCUGAGGAGUGGUGUCCUGUUCUUGAAAUAUUGACGACUGAUGAAUUGGAAAAGAUAAGAAUGGACAAGGAAAGAGACAUCCGACGAAUGAGAAGAGCAACUUCUCGUAAUCUUAAUAGAUCAUCAAGACGCCCUAUGAUGGUAGCAAAUGGUAGUAAUGGAAUUUCACAUCAUAAUUCUUUAAAUAUGAGACCAAAAGAUAUGUUACCCGCAGUACAAAAGGGAUCAAAGAUGACAGCUGAAGAUUUAAACGCUUGGAAAUGCUUUCAUUGCGGUAUUGAUGGAAAUAGUACUCCAUCAAUUAGAAGAGGACCUGACGGUGGAAAGACAUUGUGUAAUGCUUGUGGCUUGGUUUGGUUGAAUAAAGGAGAAUUGCCACAACAUAGAAAAUCGAUGUUUAGAGUAGAUAAUUACAUAUAA